CUCAUUUUAUCGUUAAAUGGAUUAUAAAUUGUUAUCAAUAUUCAGAAAAAUUAAUACUUUUUAAAAUAUUGUUUAAUAAAUUUCUUACUUUUAUAAAGAAUUAAUAAAAUUUUUUAUUACGUUGUUAAUUAAACAAGUUAAUUAAAAGUUUUGUAAUUAUGUCGAAUACUGCUGGAAAGGUAAUCAAAUGUAAAGCUGCUGUAGCAUGGAAAGAAAAACAACCUCUUUCAUUUGAAGAAAUUGAAGUUGCACCUCCAAAAGCUCAUGAAGUAAGAAUUAAAAUUAUAUUUGUGGCUUUAUGUCAUACAGAUGCUUAUACUUUAGAUGGAUUAGAUCCAGAAGGAAUUUUUCCUUGUAUUCUUGGUCAUGAAGGUAGUGGUAUUGUUGAAAGUGUAGGAGAAGAAGUUACAGAAUUUCAACCUGGUGAUCAUGUGAUUCCAUUAUAUGUUCCUCAAUGUGGGGAUUGCAAAUUUUGUAAAUCCCCAAAAACAAAUCUAUGCAGUAAGAUUCGUAUGACACAAGGCAAAGGUGUAAUGCCUGAUGGAACUUCUAGAUUUACAUGCAAGGGUCAAACUCUUGCCCAUUUCAUGGGUUGUUCUACUUUUUCUGAAUAUACUGUAGUUGCAGAUAUUUCUCUUGCUAAGAUUGAUCCUACUGCACCACUUGAUAAAGUAUCUCUAUUGGCAUGUGGAGUAUCUACUGGAUAUGGUGCUGCUUUAAAUACUGCUAAAGUAGAAUCUGGAAGUACAUGUGCUAUAUGGGGAUUAGGUGCAGUUGGAUUGGCAGUUGCACUUGGUUGUAAAAAAGCUGGUGCCAAACGUAUUAUUGGAAUAGAUGUGAAUCCAAAUAAAUUUGAAAUUGCUAAAACAUUUGGAUGUACCGAAUUUGUUAAUCCUAAAGAUUAUGAUAAGCCAAUUCAGGAAGUCCUAAUAGAACUAACCGAUGGUGGACUGGAUUAUACUUUUGAAUGUGUUGGUAAUGUGAAUACUAUGAGAGCUGCAUUAGAAUCUUGUCAUAAAGGUUGGGGUACAUCCGUUAUUGUGGGUGUAGCUGCGGCGGGUCAAGAAAUCAGUACUCGUCCAUUUCAAUUGGUAACAGGACGCGUAUGGAAAGGAACUGCAUUUGGUGGUUGGAAAUCUAAAGAAAGUGUUCCUAAAUUGGUGAAAGAAUAUAUGUCAAAAUCAUUAAUACUUGAUGAAUUUAUUACACAUACUCUACCCUUUGAAAAGAUAAAUGAAGGUUUUGAUUUAUUGCAUUCAGGCAAUUGUUUAAGAGCUGUGCUCAAGUAUUAAAAAGCAUAUAAAUUCUUAUAAGUUUUUAUAUUAUUUGUAUUUUAACUAAAACAUAUUUGUAAAACAUUUUAUAUACAAAUAAAAAUAAUAUAUUUCCUUAUAAAUAUAAUUUUCUAUUCCUGUAAUUAAUUAGGUUCGAAGUGAUUGUAGUCUUCAGAUUUCUACAACAAUCUUUAUUCAUAAAGAAUUCUUACAGCCACAUGUACAAUACCAAUUUGGUGAAAUAUUAAUAGUAGCUCUGGAAUGAAGUAAAAAUUCUUUACGCUUUGACCAAGUGCAUACCUUACAAAAUCAUCACGGUACGAAGAUCAUAGACGAUGAUUUUUCAUUGUAUAUAAUUAUGUAUAUACAAUAUGCAAGACUUUCGGUAAAACUAUUUAUGUUUGUUUGAAGUUAAUAUACUUGUUAAUCUAGGUCGACGGUAAUAAUUCAGGCGGAAUAUAAAUUGCGCUCAACGUAGCAAAGAGUAUACACGUUAAUUAAUUCAUCGCGGACGAGGUUCCCGUACACCAAAUGUUCAAUGGCACGGAGAGUUUCUAUGAAUUCUUAUUGUAUGUUAUUUUAAAUCUCUGAAAAUGAUGCGGCACCUAUCAUGUUAAUUGUUAAAAUGCAAAAUUUACUCUCAAAUAAUUUAUGUAGAAUAAUAAAACUUAGUUUCGGUGUAAAUAUGUUUUACUGAUAGUUUCUAUUUGAUAUAUAAUAUUAUCGAUCAAGUAUUUGUAAAAAAGAUUAGAGUAAAUCUUGUUGUUUUUAAUAAGAAUAUAAGUAAGUACUUAAAUUCGGAAUACAUGUAUCUCUAAUUAAUAAUAUAUCGGAGCAUAAAGAAAUUAAAAUGAAAUAAAGCAUAAUCUAAGUUUAAAAACAUAAUCUCCAUGUUUUUUGCUCCUUUCUAGACAAGAGAUACAUAUAAUUUGCACUGGCUAUUCCUACGUAAAUUGCCGUCUAAUACUAGGGCAUAUUCACAUAGUCACACCGAUCAGUUUUCUACGGAUUAUAUGUUAUACUCUAGAACCUACGGUGUACCACACACUCGUUAAGUAAAAGUUUGUUAAGUAAAAAUACUUAUAAUUACAAUAAACGCAGACAAAUCACGAUGUGUUCGUUGAAUAUGAACAAUAUACUUUAUUACUUGUACUUGAUUUUAAUAAAUUAAUAUAUCAUCAAUGAAUUAUAGUAAAAUUAUACAAUACUAAUACUAAUACAACAAAUAAAAAGAAAUAAAUUUUCGAAGAAAGCAGAAAAUUUUAUAAAUAUUAUAAAAAUCGAAUAUUAAUUAAAAAUAAUAUGUAAUUUAUUUCACUCAUCGUGAUUAAACUGCGGUUCAGUUUAGUUAGCGAGUAUGAAAUAGGUCAUUUUUUUAUGCAAUAUAUCUUACACUAAAUCUCGCAACGCAAGAUGGCUACGAGAGAAAAGAAAAUUAAAAAAAAAAAAAAAAAAAAAAA